AGCAGCGGCUGGUGUGUACGCCGAGGUUUCCUGGAGCUCUGAGCUGUUGACUAACAGACGAUCAAUGUCUCAAAGGUUGAUGUGAUGUUUCAGUGCUCUGCAGGACACUGACCUGAGUUCAGCUCAAACUACACACAUCUGACGUCUGGCUGUCAGACUGCACUCGACUCUCUACCUGUUCAGAAUGAGGGCUGCUGAUUGGCUGUUGGUCCUGGCGGCCCUGCCGCUCGUCUCCUCCGUCCGUUCGGACAUCUGCAGCGCCAAACCCAGAGACCUUCCCCUGGAGCCGCGUUGCAUCUACCGCAGUCCCGAUCCCGAAGGCCCCGAGGGUCCGACCCCAGAGCCAGAGCCGGUCCCCGAGUCCACCAAUCCCAGAGUGUGGGAGCUGUCGAAGGCCAAUAGUCGUUUUGCCCUGUCGCUGUACAAACAGCUGGCCCUGAGCAAGACCCCCGAGUCCAACAUCUUCAUGUCCCCCAUCAGUGUCUCCACGGCGUUCGCUAUGACGAAGCUGGGAGCCUGCAACCAGACGCUGCAGCAGAUCAUGAAGGUGUUUGAGUUCGACACCAUCAAAGAGAAGACGUCGGACCAGGUCCACUUCUUCUUCGCCAAACUCAACUGUCGUCUGUACAGGAAGAAGGACGAGACCACCGAGCUGAUCUCUGCUAACCGACUGUUCGGAGACAAAUCUCUGAUCUUCAACGAGACGUACCAGAACAUCAGUGAGACGGUCUACGGAGCCAAACUGCUGCCACUCAACUUUAAGGAGAACCCGGAGAAGGCCAGGCUCACCAUCAACAACUGGAUCUCCAACAAGACGGAGAAUCUGAUCCAGGACACGCUGCCACCGGGGGUGCUGGAUUCCAACACGAUCCUCGUCCUCGUUAACACCAUCUACUUCAAGGGUCAGUGGAAGAACAAGUUCGACAAAGACAACGUGUACGUCUCAGACUUCCACGUCGGUGACCGCACGUGCUCCGUCAACAUGAUGUACCAGGAGACCAGGUUCAGGUACAGGUACUUCCCGGACGACCAGGUGCAGCUGCUGGAGAUGCCGUACCGUGGAGAUGACAUCACCAUGGUGAUCAUCCUGCCGAGCAGAGACAGCACGCUCAGUAAGGUGGAGGAGAGUCUGGACCUGAGGAAACUGACUGGCUGGCUGGAUGAAAUGAAGGAAACCACCGUCUCCGUCCACAUCCCUCGCUUCAGGGUGGAGGACAGUUUCAGCCUGAAGGAGAAGCUGCAGGCCAUGGGACUGACCGACCUGUUCAGCUCGGAGAAGGCCAGUCUUCCAGGGAUGCUGGAGGACGGCAGCGAUGGUCUCCACAUCUCGGAUGCCUUCCAUAAAGCCUUCCUGGAGGUGAACGAGGAGGGCAGCGAGGCGGCGGCCGCCACCGCCGUGGUGGCGAUCGGACGCUCCAUCAACUUAAACAGGGAGGUUUUCCUGGCCGACAGACCGUUCCUGCUGCUAAUCAGAGAGUCGACCAUCAACGCGCUGCUGUUCACCGCUCGAGUGGCGAACCCCUGCAGCCAAUAGGAACUGACUGCUUUCAUAUCAGUUAAAAAUCAGCAAAAUGCUAGAAAAUAAACCAAAACUUUUUCUUUUGAACGACCCAGAAGACUUUUAUGACAUAAAAACACUCAGUAGGCCCUUUUUCUUCUGGUAUGCCUCCACACUCUGCAGAUGGAGCCAACAGUUUAAUUUACAGCAUAAAACCCUUCAAAGUUCAGUUCUGCUGGAGAUGGAGGCAUCUGUGGCUCCUGGAUGCUAAUGAUAUCGUUAGCAUCCACCACUGAGCUUACGAACAACUAUCCAGAGACGUCAUUAAUGAGUGUCUACAUUUCACGUCUACAGUUCAAUUAAUUUAGCAGAUAAACAUCAUCUUUGGUCAAAUUUGCAUUUAUACAUGAGGACAGACAACCACAGGCCAUCAGCUGUUGAUCUGCUGUUAGCUAACACCAGCUAACCGUUGAUCUGGUGUUGGCUAAUGUCAGUAUAUUAACUGUUGAUCCGAUGUUGGCUAACAACAGCAUGUUAAUCGUUGAUCCGCUGUUAGCUAGCGACAGUAUUUUAACCGUUGAUCUGCUGUUAGCUAACAAC